AUAUCGACUCGAUAACGAAAGCGCAUGCUUUAAUCAAGCCCUAUGUUCAUGUAACUCCUGUCUUAUCUUCGGAAACGCUAAACUCCAUUGCUGGAAAAUCUUUAUUUUUCAAGUGUGAAUGCUUUCAAAAGGGAAUGACCCAUAUGGACCCAUUCAAAAGGUAAAUCAAGUGUCCGCCUCCAAUUUGGGAAGGAUAUUCACCUAGAAAACCAAACGAGGAGCAACUUGAAAAAGCAGUCAAUAUAAAGCUAAAAACCGACACAACUGAUGAAUUACCAGAAAACAUUGAUGUUACGUUCACCUCGUCUGACACUGAUCAUGAGUCUGAGUUAAUCAAAAAGGUGGUCGAUCAGGUGUUGGAUACUGAUGAGGAUGAGUCAAAGUCUGAGUCUGGAGGGUCAAAUUCGUCAGUCAACAGUCAAAAAUCGUCGGUCAAACGGUCUUACAGUAAAGAAUUUUUGUUAUCGAAAGCAAAUUUGGAUGAUGAAACAUUUGAAGUAGCAUACACUUUAAAUGAUUCUGACAAAUUAUAGCUACCUAUAUUUUUGCUCAUUACAAUGGAUAUUAACAUGUUUUUGCCAAGUUGCUUUUUCUUUGAUGGUUAUCAGUGGAGCGUUUAAAUUCCGAGGUGCAUCGAACGCUAUUUUUUCUCUCGAUGAAGAACAAGCAGCCAAAGGCGUUGUAACUCACAGCAGCGGCAAUCAUGCUGCAGCACUAGCUUUGGCUGCAAAACUUCGAGGAAUUCCUGCGUAUAUAGUUAUACCGAAAAACGCUCCAAAAUGUAAAGUUGAGAAUGUGAAACGUUACGGAGGUCAAAUCAUAUGGAGUGAAGCUACUAUGCAAUCUAGAGAAGAAACGGCAAAUAAAGUAUUACACGAGACUGGGGCCGUUCUUGUUCAUCCGUAUAACGAUAGUCGUAUCAUAAGUGGUCAGGGUACAUUGUCACUCGAAUUUCUUGAUCAGGUCCCACAACUCGACACUCUAAUAGUUCCAAUAAGUGGUGGUGGUUUGAUAUCUGGCAUCACGAUUGGAGCCAAAUCGAUGAAUCCUGCCAUACGGGUCCUCGCUGCUGAGCCAAAAGGCGCGGAUGAUGCCGCACAAUCGAAAGCAUCGGGUAGAAUCAUAAUGUUGCCGCAAACCGACACCAUUGCCGAUGGGCUUCGAGCUUCCCUUGGAGAUCUUACUUGGCCCGUUGUACGGGACCUUGUUGACGAUAUUAUAACCGUGGACGAUAAAGAGAUCGUUGAAGCUAUGAGAUAUUGUUAUGAGGUGCUUAAGGUUGCUAUCGAACCUAGCGGUGCUAUAGGCCUUGCUGCAGUCCUUUCGGAUAAGUUUAAGCGAAAUCCUGCUUGGAAGGAUUCUCGUAACAUUGGGAUUGUGCUUUCGGGUGGUAAUGUGGAUCUUGGCGUACUAUGGGAAUCAUUGAAUAAUUAAUGUUUUUGAACUAUUUAGUUGUUAUCUGAGUUUAAUUGGAUUGUGGUUUAUCCUUAGCGGGUCAAACGAUCCAAACUGAUCUUACCUCAAACCUGCAACAUUGUGACCAGAACCAUUAUUUGUUAUACUAAACUUUCAUGGGGGUUGUGCAUUGGUAA